GGAGGUCAGAGGUCACGGUGCGUGAAGCGGGAGCCGCCAUUUUGUCUCGGUUUUCUGUUGGUUGUGUUUUCUUCUUGAGGCGGUCGCAGCCGGAGUCAUGGCGUACCGCGGGCAGGCACAGAAAGUGCAGAAAGUGAUGGUGCAGCCCAUCAAUCUUAUUUUCAGAUACCUUCAGAAUAGAUCCAGGAUCCAAGUAUGGUUAUAUGAACAAGUCAACAUGAGGAUAGAAGGCUGUAUAAUUGGGUUUGAUGAAUAUAUGAACCUUGUUUUGGAUGAUGCAGAAGAAAUUCACAUGAAAUCAAAAUCAAGAAAACCAUUGGGUCGUGUUAUGCUAAAAGGGGACAACAUCACCUUAUUACAGAGUGUCCACAGUUAGGACUGGAUUCACUGGCAUUUCAUUGCCUUACUUACUAUGAGAAAAAUUGAACACAGGCUUUUAAUUACAUUUCAGAUACACUGUCGAACGAGUGACCUGGGCUUAUACUUUUUUUGAACCUCACUACAGUAAUAAUUUUGAAUAAAAAAAGUUAUAACUGUC